AUGGAAACCAGUCCUGAAUCUAAGAUUGUUCAUUAUUCCGGCUCAGAAUUUACAGACGAACAGUCUUUCCACAAUCACCUGGUUGAGAAGAUCUGCGAAGCAAGAGCGGCCAAAGAUGUCAUCUACGCCGAGCUUGUUUACGACAACAUCGCUCCUUCCUGGACGUCGACCGUUAGUGAUGCUUUUGAGCGGGCAAGAUCCGGCUUCUGGUAA